AUGGCGCCUACUCCAAGUUUAAUCUCUGAUGCUUUCCGCCUGUGUUGCUCCUCCAAGAUCGCGGUCGUCCUUCGCCUCGGCCUCGGAUGCGCUGCAUUUGCACUCGUAGUCUUCACGUACAUCUGCUACUGGACCACGUUUGCCACCGACCUCUCGCCGCAGGCGGAGGAGUUCCGCGACACGUGGGACUCGUGCGUGACGCAGCGCGCGGGACAUCUGUUCAAGCUAAACAUGCUGUCGGACCUGCAUUCGCAGAAGUGCACGAAUCUGGUUGAAGCCGCCGUCGCCAAAGGGGAGGCAUUGAUGGCGCGCGGGCGGGACUUGCGCGAACGCGGGGAGGCGGAGCACCAGGUUGCUGACGGGUGCACGGUGAAGUACGACGCGAGGGCGGAUCCGUGGGAUAACCAUCCGCUGCCUCCUAACAGGUUCUCCCAGUCGGGAUGCCUGCUGGAGUGGGUAAUCUACUCGUCUGAGUGCGGGGUAAACAUGGUGCGCCUCGCGGAUUUCGCGCACAUGGCGGGGAUCAGCUUCUCCAUAAUCGGAAGCCGCCAGCCCUGGACGGGCCAAGGCGGCCGCCUGCGCGCCAUCCGCGACUUCCUCGCGGCGCUGCCGCGCGAUCGCGUCGUGAUCACCACCGACGCCGACGACGUCUUUCUCAUGCCGCACCCCAAAUGCCGCCCGCAGAACUUCCUCGACGCCUUCUUCGCGCUCAACGCGCCCGUCGUUUUCGGCGCGGAGAUAUUCUGCUGGCCGGAUUGGAAGAAGCUAGAGCCGUACUUUCCUCAUAAAAGAAAUUCGUCUGUGAAUCGGUUUCCUAACGCGGGAGCUUAUGGCGGGUACGCGUGGGCGCUGGCGGAGAUCAUUGAUCUGAUCUACGUACGCGACUGCAUGCAGGACCAGCGCGGGUUCAUUCUCGCGUUCCUCGCGCAGCAGUACCUCUUCCGCGACAUGCCGCGCGCGCCCAACCCCGACCCCGCCGCCGUGCGCGCCGCGUGGGAAUCGCCGAGCGACGUGGCAGAGGCGGUGCGCGCACAGGCGGAGGCGGCGGAGUCGGCGAGCAGAGCGGCGUGGAGGAACAACCGCACGGUGCAGUUCGACUCCGCCAUGUCGCCGUUCCACCGCCUGCCCGCAAAGCCUAAGCAGCGCGUCAUGGACGAAGCGAGGCGCGCCGGGCACAGGGGCGCGGCGGCGGUGAUGGCGGCGCCGUUCAUCAAGCUGGACCACUACAGCUCGCUGUUCAUGCACCUGGGGGGUCUCAACUGGGACAAUUUCACGAUUCUGGGCACAGGGGAGCAGGCGCUGGUGCGACAGGUUAAUUCGGGGGGGGAGGCAUGCAUCUUGCACCAGCAGGGGAAUAAGCUCAUCAAUAUCUCCAUGCCUUUUAUAAUGAUGGAGACCGGUUUGGCGGAGCUGAGAGAGGCGCGAGGGUAUGUUCCCUGA